AUGCUCCCUCGUCCGCUUCCUGGUAUUCCUUACAACAAAACGGCAGCGACAUCACUCUGGGGUGAUAUGCCCGAAAUGAUGAGACAUGUCAAAAAGACUGGCGAAAUGUAUGACUGGCUUGGGGCCCAGAACAUCAAACACCAAUCCCCAAUCAUCCAAGUCUUCGGGCGACCAUUCAGCAAGCCAUGGGUCAUCAUUUCAGACUUCCAUGAGACACAAGAUAUAUUGAUUCGGCGAGGCAAAGAGUUCGACAGAUCAGAGUUUACUGCUGAUGUCCUAGCCGGCGUCAUUCCAGAACACCAUAGUAGAUGGAAGACAAAUGACGAAUGGAGGAGUCGUCGCCGACUUAUAGGGGACAUACUGACCCCGAGUUUUCUCAGCAAAGUCGCUGCCCCCCUCCUCCACGAGAGCACCUUGCGCAUGACUGCUUUAUGGCAAGAAAAGUCGCGGCUAGCCAAAGGUCGCGCUUUUUGGGCUUUGAAGGAUAUCAGCCACUGUGCCCUAGAUGCCGUUCUUGGGUUCACUUUCGGUCCUGGUUUGGAAGGGCUCAGCGCCACUCAGCCAGAGGUUGACCACCUGGCAUCCAUGUCCUCAUUACCACACGAAACAAUGAAGGAUACCAAUGAUUCUCCAGUGAACUUUUCUCACACCCCGCCAAAUCCCGUUAUUGAAGCGUUACUCAAACUUUCGGACAGCCUAGAGACUUCCAUGAAGUCGCUAUUCCCUAUACUUGCACACUGGGUGCUUCGACAAAGUGCAUACAUGAGAACCGCAAUCUCACUGAAGGAAGACCUGUUGAGACGCCAGAUAGAUCUUUCCGUUGCUCGAGUUCGGGCCGGGGAGAAUGUGGUGCGGUGUGCAGUAGAUGAGAUGGUUCGAAGGGAAACCAGCCAAGCAGCGAAGGAGCGCCGAAUACCAAAGUAUCACUCACGAAAUUUUUACGACGAGUUGUAUGGAUUCACCCUUGGGGGUCACGAAUCAACAUCGAACUCAAAUCAAUGGGCCGUUAAAACGCUAGCGCGCCAUCAGCAGCAACAGAACAAGUUGCGGGCCACUCUACGUGCUGCUCUUCCUGAGGCAGUAUCAGAGAAGCGUGUUCCAACAGCCCAAGAGAUCAUGCAGAUACGCUGCCCAUACUUGGAGGCCAGCAUCGAGGAACUUUUCCGCACAUCACUGACAGCGCCAAUGUGCGUCCGAAGUUCGACUCAAGACACGCAGAUUCUUGGUAACCGCAUUCCAAAGGGAACCGUGGUAUUUCAGGUCUGGAAUCAGGCAAGCUAUACGCAACCUGGCUUCUUUAUUGACAAUAGGCUGCGGACUCCGGCGGUUCAGGCUGCAUCGAAAGGGUCUGGAACCGGUGGCGAGGACUUUGGGUUCAGGACAGCGGAUUAUGCGCCUGAACGUUGGCUAGCAAAGUCCGGGGACGGCGGUAGAGAUGUUUUCGAUGCGACGCGAGGGAGGAACAUGAUUUUUAGCAUGGGACCAAGGGGCUGCUAUGGGCGCAAGCUGGCAUAUGUACAGAUGAGGAUGCUCGUAGUGUUGAUUUUGUGGGGUUUUCAGCUUGAAGAGUUGCCGGAUAAACUAAACACGACGGGCGCGUACGACAAGCUUACUAGGGAGCCCCACGACUGCUUUGUUCGACUGACCGCCUUAACUAUAUAG